AUGGCAUUUAUACCAUAUUUUAACCACACGCAAUUGAAUCAAACAAUGGCAUCUUCAUAUGAAAAUCCACCACGCGCAACACAAUAUCAAUCAUCGAAAAGAUUUGAUAAUCUUCAAGCUGAUGUCAAUCAGGUCGUUGAUGUUAUGAAAGAUAAUCUUGAUAAAGUAUUGGAACGUGAUGCCAAAUUAACUACACUUGAAAAUCGUGCAGAAGUUUUACAAACUGGUGCAUCACAAUUUACAACCAAUGCUAGUAAAUUAAAACGUAAAUACUGGUGGAAAAAUGUUAAAAUGUGGAUCAUUCUCAUUAUUGUUAUUAUCGUUUUGAUUAUUGUUAUUGUUGUUGCUAUUACUCAAUCGGAUUUUAAUGAAUUCGUGUGUUUUCCUAGGACAACUAAUGGUGCAGGAGGUCCACCAGGUGGUGCCAGUGGUGGUGGUUCGAAGCGUCUCGCUCAACAACAAGCUCAAGUGGACGAAGUUGUUGAUAUUAUGCGACAAAAUGUUGAUAAGGUGUUAGAACGUGACAAAAAUCUGUCACUUCUCGACGAUCGAGCUGAUAAACUACAACAUAAUGCAGCGCAAUUUGAACAACAUGCAGGCAAAUUAAAACGAAAAUAUUGGUGGAAAAAUAUGAAGAUGAUGAUCAUAAUGGGAGUCGUGGGCAUAAUUUUUGCUAUUGUGGUGAUAGCUUGGAUUGGAUCGAAAGUUAAGUCAGAGACACCUGCUCUUCCAUCUGGUGGUGUAACAACAGCUGUGCCAUCGGCGAGUGGUGAGUCAAUACCCGGUGGUUCAAAGGAUAGUUUAAAUGGCGACAAACCAACAAAAAAGCCCCGUGGAUCACGUCGUCCAAAAUCCAAGCCAACACCAGUUGCUACUACGCCCAGUUCAGGAGCAACAGCAACAGCAACACCAUCGAGUGAUGGUGAACCAGAGCCUUCAGAAGCAGAUGAUUCAACCAAAGAAGCCAUCAAACGAGUUAUUCGUGCACUGGUUAAUAGGUCUUAA